AUGGACUCUCUCCAGGUCAACGACCCACGGUCGCGUGGGCGAUCCAAGUCCCCCAGCGGCCGGACCCGUGAUCGUUCCACGUCUCGCCAGCCAUCUGUUGGCCCCGAUCCCGCGAGAAAAAGCAAUUUUCUAUCCGCCGACCCCACGGACGAGAAGGCGAGCACGAGGUCCAGAAGUCGCGGCGCCAGCCCUCUACGCGGCUACCGCAAGACGUCCCGCUACGACUCCGAUUCGGAGCACGAGCGUGAUCGCCAGCGCGAGCGCGAACGCGAGGUCAGAGAUUAUACGCGCUCACGGACUGAUCGAGACUAUUACCUCUCCGAUUCUGGGGAUGGUCGUGAUGCGACGAAACGGAGCAGCCAGCGGUAUUCUCAGCCGCCGCCGCGGAGGUCUGCGCAGCUUGAUACGUAUUCGGAUGAGGACAUUUAUUCGGACUCGGAUGACGAUUUGGCCUAUGGCGAUGUCCCUGGGAGUUUGGAACGUGGGUAUUAUGGACACAAGGGCAGUUCUAGUGCCUCGCGGCCCCUUGCGGAAAAGCCGCUCAUGACGGGAGCGCUCAACCCUGGAACCAGCCCGAGGCAUAGUCCCAGGCACAGCGCAGAGGCAGUGAGUGGCUAUUCCAAGUAUGCUUCUGGCCAGCCUGCGUACUCGGGACCGCCCUCUUCGCAGCCGCAAGCUACCUGGGCUGCUGUCCCAGAUUGUGAGAAACCGGGCUAUGUGCCACCGACAACAGGAGGGGAAUCAAUGCCUGGGGCGUUUCCGACUACGACGUCAGCACCACCUACGACGCAGUAUGCAAGCCCGAGUACUGCACAGAAUCCGUAUACACAGUGGAAUACGCAGCCCCCGAUGUCUGGCGCACCAUAUGCUCCUCCCGUGAGCGCUGCGAGCCAUCAACGCAGCGCAUCCGGAGAUCCCAACCUCUAUGCGCAACCGGCUGCUUUCCAGUAUGCGCAAAUUGAUCCCAAUGUGCGGUAUUCCGCCAAGCCCGCGACGGCAAGCACGUAUUCGACACCUUCAAAGCCCGCUGUACAGACCAGCGAGGGUCAGUACGGCGGAGUCAGGUACACUACAGCUCCUCAGCACUCGACUACUGCUACAAGUGGACACCAGUUUGUCGAGAUUGCACCGGGAAGUCGACACACGCGUCCGCAUAGUCUCAGCGUUUCGACUGGCAACAGCUUAGGUGUUGGAGGCCCUGACCCUCACAACCCACCACCUGCCAGCCCGUUGCUUGAGGCGUACAAAGGGACCUACCAAAGCAUAUCUCCUAUGCCGUCACCGAUCCUCAUAGCACCUAGAGACGAAGACAUCUCCGACUUCGAGCCGCUGGACAACAGCACGGAUAGCGAACGGCGAAGAAGGCGUAAGUCGAGGAAAUCCAAAGACGAGGUAGGCCUAAAGGAGCCUACGGGCGAUCGCUCCAAACGAGGGAGCAGCCGUAUACGACAUGGCCGCCACGAUUCCAAAGACUCCAGGGGCGGCGGCCGCGACUCUCUCGCUAUGAUACCCUCUAGCAGCGACCGACGAAAGGAGGUAUCAUUCUACGACGCCACAGACGACGCCCUAGCACUCCGCGACGCGCUCUCCCACGCCCGAAACAUCGACACAAAAACUUUAACCCAGAUCCUCCCCCACCUAACAAAUCACGAGAUGCUCGACCUCCGAAAAGAAUACAAGAAGCACGUCAAAAUCCACGGCAAGGGCGUCAACCUCGCCAAGCACAUCCGCGUCAAGCUGGGCAACAGCUCCUUCGGCAAAGUCUGCUACGCAACUGCCCUUGGCCGCUGGGAGUCCGAGGCCUUCUGGGCAAACUGCUACUACCAAUCCGGCUCGUCCCGCCGCGAACUCCUCAUCGAGUCCCUCUUCGGCCGCAGCAACGGCGAGAUGCGCGAGAUCAAGGAGUCUUUCAAGGACUCGCGGUACGUCGACAGCUUGGAGAAGUGCAUGAAGGCCGAGCUGAAAGCCGAUAAAUUCCGCACGGCGGUUCUGCUUGCUCUCGAGGAGAGCAGGCAGAGCGAGCGCGAUACCGUCGAUGCGGAGCUCGUCCAUCGCGACGUCCAGGCUCUCCAUGCAGCUCUCGUUUCACGGAACGGUGGCGAGACGGCAAUGAUUUAUAUUAUUGUGCGCCGGAGCGACUCGCAUCUACGAGAGGUCCUCCGUGCCUACGAGAAGAUCUACCAGCGGAACUUUGCGCGGGAGAUGAUUCAGAAGUCGCAGAAUCUUGUUGGCGAAACCCUAGCGCAUAUUCUCAACGGAGCAAUCAACCGGCCUAUGCGCGACGCCUUGCUUCUACAUCAGGCUCUUCGGGAGUCAAGGUCCGGUAGGGAGAGGUCGGAGUUGUUGAUCUCUCGGCUCGUUCGUCUCCAUUGGGAACCGAGGCAUCUUGAAAAUGUCAAGGUCGAGUAUCGGCGCCGGUAUGGAGAGCGCCUGGAGGAGGCUAUUGCGGAGGAAAUUCUACCGAGUAGUGGGGGAAGUGAGUGGGGGGAGUUCUGUAUUCAGCUGGCGCAGAGCUCAAAGACGCAUGCUGCGAAGGGUUGA